UGUCAAUAUGCCAAUUAUGUCAUUCCUACCUAUCACAUAUGCACUUAUCUAAUUAAUUUGUGUGUUUAAUAUUGAUAUUAUGAACUCUUAUUAUAAUUGCAAAGUGAUUUAAGAGUCGACGUUCAACGUGAUAAGCAAAUAUUCUAUUAUUGCUAAUUGACAACUAAGCAUUAAUUCAAAAUGAACAAAAUUGUUAUAUUCGGCUCGACAGGAAUGACCGGCUUAUGCGCCGUAGAAUCGGCCAUCAAGAAAGGUCUUAAUGUACGGGCGUUCGUGAGGGAUCCAUCCAAACUACCCGAUCAUUUGAGAGACAACGUCGAGAUCGUGAAAGGGGAUAUUCUUGAAUACGACAGCGUUUUAAACGCCGUAAGGGGCGUCGAAGGCGUAGUAGUCGCCGUUGGAACGAGAAACGACCUAAGCCCUACCACAGCUCUCAGCGAAGGCUUGAAAAAUAUCAUCAAAGCCAUGGAAGAAUCGAACGUGGAAGUCAUUUCUGUUUGUUUAUCGGCGUUUUUAUUCUACGAGCCGCAGAAAGUUCCGCCCAGGUUCCACGAUCUCAAUGCGGAUCACCAAAGAAUGCUGGACGUGCUGAAAGGGACGAAUUUGAAGUAUAUCGCUUGUUUCCCACCGCACAUUGCAGAUCAACCACCUGUUGGGUAUCAGGUGAAAAACGGGGAAUCGCCAGGUGGGCGCGUUAUAACUAAACAUGACCUGGGACUGUUCUUAGUCGAGUCGCUAACGAAACCGGAACAUUACGGGCAAAUAGUGGGAAUUUGCAACAACCAUGCCCAGUAGGCAGCUAAUAUAACGUAUAUGUUAAGCCAAAAAAUAUUUACAAUUUUAUCUUCCCUUUAACCAAUUUUAUUCCUUUGUUAUGUGAUAAGAAUUGUAUUUAAAUUUCGACUGUUUU